GCUGCUAGAAUUUAUGCAUCCAAAUCCAAGAUGAAGGAGGCUCGACAUACAGAUCACUCUCGUAUGGUUAAGCCUCCACAGCGACCUCCAAGUAAAAGGUGGGAGAAGGUCGUGCAUCCAAAGUUUUCAAAAGAACCUGUGAGAAAUCCUAGAACUUUGAGAAGAAGGUUGCAGCGAAAGCGAGCAGAGGCACGUCGUCGUCAACAGUUAGCUACUGAGGAAGUUAAGGUUCCACAACGUUCUCCCGCAAAGGGAAAGAUGGUGUGGAAGAGAAAAGAAAGUCAAGAGGUUGCUGUCCAGAAUGAAUCUCAGCCAAAGGUGCCACCUCCUAAGCUCACCUCAUUGAUCGUUAAUGAAAAUGAGUUGAAGGCAACCUUUGAAGCAGAUCAACAAGCAGAGUUGACUAGCGAUGAUAAUCUUCUUGAGGACAUGGAUGUUCUGCAGAUUGGUAGCAUCUCUAUUAAUCUCUCUUGUCUGGUUCUCACACUUCCUUUGGUUUAUCAAGCCAAGGGCAGCGAGACUACCCAUGUUUCCGAUGGCAGCAUGCUUGUUGAGGAAGAAGUGAUAGAGGUUCCAGCCCAAGAAGAGGAAGAGGAGCAUAAUAUCCUUUCAGAACAAAUUAUCUUUAACAAACCAGAUGAAAAUGUGGCUCGUCAUAUAAAGCCACUCUACAUUUCAGCUCACAUGGAUAGAGUUCCAGUGAAUCGAGUCCUUGUUGACAAUGGAGCAGCAGUCAACGUCAUACCUUCUUCUAUGCUGAGGAAUUUGGGUAAAAAUUCUGAGGACUUGGUUUAUACUGAUGUAACCAUCAGUGAUUUCACAGGUGGUGUUAGCAAAUCAAAAGGAGUGCUGCCGGUUGCACUUACUGUCGGCAGCAAGACGUCAAUGAGUGCUUUCUUUGUUGUAGACUCUUUUGCAACUUAUAAUGCAUUACUGGGACGUGAUUGGAUCCAUUCGAAUUGGUGUGUUCCAUCUUCUCUCCAUCAAAGACUCAUUUUUUGGAAUGGAGGCAAAACUGAGGUGGUCUAUGCUGACAACAGACCAUUCUUAGCCAAUUCCAAUAUGGUGGAAGCACGGUACUAUGAUGAAGACGUAGGAACCAUCCGUUUCUUCGGCAUGGAUAGACAAGGAAGACCUCGUGGAAUCACUGCUUGCAACAAGCCUACCUUGGCUAAAUAUGUGGUUGACGAGGUGGUACAUGAAGGUGAGGAAGACAUCCAUACCGACGGAGUCACAAUGGAGGAGUUAGAUCUGGCCCCUGCAAAGCUAGAUGACCUCAGGGCUGAUGUACAAGAUCCAUUGAAGGAAGUUAAUCUGGGAACGGAGGCAGAGCCACGCAUUACUUUUGUCAGUGGCUUGCUGCCGCCAAAGAUGCGAGAUCAAAUAAUCUGUUUACUACAUGAAUUCAAAGACUGCUUUGCCUGGGAUUAUUCUGAGAUGCCAGGUUUAGACCGAGAGUUGGUAGAGCAUAGACUACCAAUCAACAAAGGAUAUAAGCCGUACAAACAGCCGCCACGCUGUAUGUCUCCAGAAGUGAUUUUGAAUGUGAAGGAAGAAGUGGAGCGGCUGUAUAAAGUUGGUUUUAUACGGACAGCCAGGUACUCAGAAUGGUUGUCUAAUAUUGUUCCAGUACUAAAGAAGAAUGGAAAGCUCAGAGUCUGCAUUGAUUUUCGGAACUUAAAUCUAGCCACACCAAAGGAUGAAUACCCCAUGCCAGUAGCAGAUUUACUUGUUGAUGGGGUUGCACGCCAUCGCAUUUUAUCUUUUAUGGAUGGGCAUAGUGGCUAUAAUCAGAUCUUUAUUGCAGAGGAAGACAUAAGUAAAACGGCGUUUCGUUGCCCUGGAAACAUAGGUACGUAUGAAUGGGUCGUGAUGCCGUUUGGGUUGAAAAAUGUAGGAGCUACAUAUCAGCGGGCCAUGAAUGCAAUUUUCCAUGAUAUGAUUGGCCGCUUCAUGGAGAUUUAUAUCGAUGAUGUUGUUGUUAAAUCCAUAGAGGAUGAAGAACAUUUGGAGCACUUGAGGAAAGCUUUUGAAAGAAUGCGACAUCAUGGUUUGAAGAUGAAUCCUCUUAAGUGUGCUUUUGGUGUUACAGCAGGGAAUUUUUUGGGUUUUCUGGUCCAUGAACGAGGCCUAGAGGUGGACAAAAACAAAGCAAGGGCCGUAAUUGAAGCGCGGCCACCACAAAAUAAAAAGGAAUUACAAAGGCUUCUUGGUCAAGUUAAUUUCUUAAGGAGGUUUAUCUCUAAUUUCGCGGGCAAAACUCGUGUCUUUUCACCUCUUUUGAAGUUGCAGCCUGAUGCAGAUUUUAAAUGGGAGAGGCAGCACCAAGCCGCCUUUGAUGCCAUCAAGGAAUACUUAUCCAAGCCACCUGUGUUGGUUCCUCCAAGCUUUGAAUCCGACCGAAGUGAAAUAUUCUUCGGUUGAGAAAUUGUGUUUGGCUUUGUUCUUUGCAGCAAUAAAAUUGAG